AUGGAGAACGCCACAAAGCGGGAGCCGUCGGUAGCUACCGCCGUUGGUUCGGCGAGCGAGGACUCAAGCGUCAAAGACGACCAGAAGGACUACGACACCGAGAAAGACACUGCGGUGGAGUCCGAGAAGGAGGAAAUCGGACCCCUAGAACAGAUUCUCAGCACCCGCCAGCUGGUUAUCUUGAUUUCAGUCGUCUGGUUCUACAACUUCACGCUGGGCUUUUCCUCUGGAAUCUUCAAAGUCUUGACCCCGUAUGUCACGAGCGACUUCAGCCAGCAUGCUCUUACAGCAACGACGGCGGUCGUGGCCAACGUCACUAGCGGCAUCAUCAAGCUGCCGUAUGCAAAGCUCCUGGACCUCUGGGGAAGGCCCCAGUGCAUGGCCUCGAUGGUGUUAUUCACGACCGUCAGCGCCGUCAUGAUGGCCGCUUGCCAGAACGUCGAAACCUACUGCGCAGCACAGGUCUUUUACUACAUUGGCUUCUUUGGCAUCCAGUUCAGCUUCACCAUCCUCAUCGCCGAUGCCAUCCCCAUGCGACACCGGGCCUUCGUCAUGGGCGUCCUCGCAACCCCGUCCCUCCUGUCGAUCUGGGCGUGCGGUCCGGCAGCGGAGAGUGUGCUAGACACCAUCGGCUUCAGGUGGGGAUUCGGCAUCUGGGCGAUUCUGAUCCCGGUUUGCUCCCUGCCUCUGCUGUACUUGAUGUUCAAGUACGACAAGCAGGCGCGGGACGCCGGGCUUAUUUCGAGACCAAUCCAUAAGCAGACUUGGCAGGAGAACUUCAUUCACUACUGCAAGGAGUUCGACGUCAUCGGACUGCUGCUUUUGGCUUCGGGUCUUUGCUUCUUGUUGCUGGCAAUCAGCAUCUACUCGUACCAGACCCAAGGCUGGGGUUCGCCGAUGAUUAUCUCCUUCAUCGUCAUCGGCGUUCUGAUGAUUGUGGGAUUCCUCAUGUACGAGAAGUAUCUCGCCCCCGUCACAUUUCUCCCAUGGCACCUCCUCACGGACCGGACUGUGGUGUUUACCAACUUGCUGGCCGGAACGCUGUAUACGUCAGACGGCGUGGUCGCAGCAUACAUCUACUCCAUGCUCAUCGUCGAGUUCCACCAGUCUGUCACGAAUGCCACCUACAUCAACAACAUUGAGAUGGUUGGCGCCUCCGUCUCGAACCUGCUCCUCGGGGUGGCGUUGCGGUACAACGGCCGUAUCAAAUACUACGCUCUCCUCCUUGGAGUCCCCCUUUACAUCCUCGGCGAAGGCCUCAUGGUGGGCCUGCACAUCCCCAACCCAUCCGUCGGCGUCAUGGUCUUGUGUCAGAUCCUUAUCUCGUUUGGCAACGGCGUCAUGUACCCGAUCGAGCAACUGACGCUCAUGGCUGUGUCGCACGCGCACACUCCCGCUCUGCUGGCGGUGGAGACGACGAUCGUGGCGUGUGGCAAGGGGGCGGGCUCUGCAAUCGCAACAGCGAUAUGGACCGGGCUGUUCCGGAAGAAGCUGGCGGCACACCUGCCCUCAUCGGAGCUCACGAAGCUCGACAGCAUCUACGGGAGUCUCGAGGUGCAGUCCUCGUACGCGGACGGAAGUGAGGCCAGGACGGCGAUCGACCGGGCGUAUGGAGAGACGCAGCGGGUCAUAUUCAUCACGGGAACGUCCAUUCUUGCGGCUGCGUGGAUUUCGGUGCUGUUCUGGCGGGACAUUGACGUCAAGAAGGCCAAGGGCGGCAGGCGCAACUGA